AUGCAACAGCCACCGCCACCGCGGCUGACACCUCCACCGCCAUCAGUGCCACGUCUGAUGCUCGCCUCUGGUGCUUCCCCCAGCCACGCAACAGCCACUGCCACCACGGCUGUCACCUCCACCGCCAUCAGUGCCACGUCUGAUGCUCUCCUCUGGUGCUGCCCCAAGCCACCCACGCAACAGCCACCGCCACUGCGGCUGACACCUCCACCGCCAUCAGUGCCACGUCUGAUGCUCUACUCUGGUGCUGCCCCCAGCCACGCAACAGCCACCGCCACCGCGGCUGACACCUCCACCGCCAUCAGUGCCACGUCUGAUGCUCUCCUCUGGUGCUGCCCCAAGCCACCCACGCAACAGCCACUGCCACCACGGCUGAUACCUCCACCACCAUCAGUGCCACGUCUGAUGCUCGCCUCUGGUGCUGCCCCCAGCCACGCAACAUCCACCGCCACCAUGGCUGUCACCUCCACCGCCAUCAGUGCCACGUCUGAUGCUCUCCUCUGGUGCUGCCCCCAGCCACGCAACAACCACCGCCACCGCUUCUGA